UUGGAGUAUAAAGCAGUGGAAAGUUUAUGGAAAUAUUAGUCGCUUUAUGUGGUUGCAUCCUUCUCGCAGCUCUUACCCCAUUGUCUAGUUUCCCUUUCAUCAUAUACUAUUUUAUAUUACAGGUGUAGGCUACCAGCAUAGUUCUCCAAUGGAAAAUACUACUUUUCUCUCUGCCAACCUUACCGAUAUGUCCUUGCUCAAAACUGCUGGCAUUGUAAACAUGGCCUGCUUUAUCAUCUUAGUACUGAGUCAUUGCGUCUUCUUCUAUUUUGUCGUGGUCAUACUUUGCGCUUUCUUCACCACUGCUUAUAUUAAGGAGAAGGCUCGCUAUGUCCUCUUCAUCCAUAUGAUUCUUAAUGAUAGCCUGUAUCUCAUAGUGGUCUUUGCCCUUUAUGUAGCUUACAUGUAUUAUGUUUACAUCCCAGCCUCGCUCUGCUACACUAUGCUGACGAUAAGCACAUCGACUUUCCGGGUCACUCCCUACAAUCUAAGUGUCAUGUCUUUGGAACGCUAUGUGGCAGUGUGCUUCCCGCUGAGACACACUCAGAUGUGCACGCCAAGGAGCACCACCAUCGCCCUUGCUUGUAUUUGGGCAAUAGCUUUGAUAUUUAACCUGGCAGAUAUCGUGGUCCUGGGCUCCAAGGUUGGGAAGAACUUCUUCUCUCUGUCUGUGGUUUGUAGCCGAGGGUCAAUGACGGCGACUCAGGCACAAGGCAUCAUCACACUCUGUAGCAGCACCAUUAGCUUUACUGCUGUGGGACUCAUCAUCAUCUACACUUAUAUCCAGGUGGUGCUGGUUGCUCGAAAGAUCAGUUCUGACAAGUCAUCGGCGUUCAAGGCAGGAAAGACGAUCAUGCUUCAUGCAUUUCAACUGAUAUUAUGUAUGAUGUCCUUCAGCUCUUUUUUCACCGAAACCUACCUGAAAAUCUAUCAAGUCUUUUUGAGUAUUAUUAAUUAUCUGGUCUUCAUGUGUCUUCCUCGGCUUAUAAGCCCAUUAAUCUACGGACUGAGAGAUGAAACCUUGCGCAAGUAUAUGAUGACAUUCCGAUCGGCAGUACCAUCAGUGGAAGAGGCUGGAAAGUAAAUUAAUAUCUCUGAUAAUUUUUGUUUUGUAAAUAAAAUCUUGAAGGUCUUAAAAAUAUUAA